UAAAUCAUUUGUGUAAACCAAGCAUUUUAGAUAGCAUUUUAAAACAAAUAUAUAAUAUAGCAUUUUAAAACAAAUAUAUAAUAACAGUAGAGCAAUACAGUCGGCUACAAUACACGGUGCCAAUCAGACGUGCUACCUCCUCGCAACAAAUUCUUUUGUUUUCGUGCAGGCUCAAAAUGAGCCCAACUCGAAAAAACACGAUCUUCGUGGACUUCGGAGUCCUACCAGCUCGCCCACCGCUGGAUUCCAUAAAAACCUUUGUGGAAAAAAGCAUGGGCCUUAAUCCUGCCGGGUUUAAGUGUCUUCAACUGCAUAACACCCGGAACGGCAUCCUCAUCGAGAUGGCUGAUCUAGCAACAGCCACCAAAGUAACAGCAGACAACCACAUGAAGCACGCGCUCCGUUCGGGUGAGAAGAAUUUCCUGAUUCCGGUGUACGUUGACGACAACGCCGUCGACGUCCGGGUCCAUGAUCUUCCGCCGGGAAUGCCCAACGACGACAUCGCUGACGGAAUGGCGCAGUAUGGAGAGGUGCUGACGAUUACGGACGACGUUUGGAAGAACUUCUUCCCCGGGAUUCCAAACGGUGUGCGGGUCCUGAGGAUGAAACUCGCCAGAUCCCGACUUGCCGACGAUGUGGACAGAAAAGUCACCCCGAAAAAACCUGCUCAUCUGCGAAAGCAAAAAAGAAGACCAUGAUCGCGAACCAGAAGAACGACAAACCAACAACGACGAAUACUACUAUUGUGCCAGCAGCAACAACAACAACAGUAUCUAAUCCCAUCUCGAAGGUCACCGACGGCGAUGGGUUUAGAACUGUUGAUAAGAAAGGAAAGUGUGUGAAACGACAACUUUCUGUCGAGUCCAAAACAACGCCCCAACAAAAGCGCAGCCAAAUAAAUUUCGACAGCGAAACUGAAAUGGACGAAGACACGUUGAAGCUGAUCAGUAAAGAAGAAAGCGCGAAAUUAAGAACGGACAAUUUUAUGAAGUGGUGUGAGUUGAU